UCAUCUGCGUUUCUUAGUGGCCCCAAAGCAUGUCCAACCAGUCGGUAAUCUCCUCACCAGCCUUGACUUCUACCGUGUGACUCCUCCUGGCAUAGCUUGUGAUCCGGGUUAAGUCAGAAAAUGGAGACAUACAUCCUCGAAUCUGAUAUUUUUUAUGUUGACGAUGAUCGACAACCUUAACAUAAAAAGCAGCGCGGAGACCUUCGUAAAACCAGCACACACCUCUCUGAGGGUCAUCGCCUGUUAUCCUCUCUUCACGAAAUGGGUGGAAAUAGGAAAAAACGGGGACAAAAACCGAAAACCCAAGCCGGCGGAACCACCGCCGAAGACAGACACCUUAACAGCGUUACCCCAACAACAAACGAUCUCGUUUCAGCUCCCUCGGCCGUGAAUUCUUCCCGCCGUCGCCCGAAGUCGCAACCGCCCGUGACAGGUUCACCGGAGGCGACAAAUUCGAGACAUGCCGAGCAGAACGGAGGUUGUGCUUCUACGGAAUUGGUGGCCGAAGCCUCAUUGAUGCCUGAGCGGGACGGCGAGGUGAAUGCGGUGCCUUCAAGGGACGCUGUCGUGAAGGUUUUUUGUGUGCAUACGGAACCGAAUUUCUCGUUGCCGUGGCAGAGAAAAAGGCAGUACAGCUCUAGCAGCAGUGGAUUCAUUAUUGCAGGGAGGAGGGUGCUGACCAAUGCGCACUCCGUGGAGCACCAUACCCAAGUCAAGCUCAAGAAACGGGGGUCCGACACCAAAUACUUAGCAACAGUACUGGCCAUUGGAACCGAGUGCGAUAUAGCACUGUUGACGGUGAGUGAUGAUGAGUUCUGGGAUGGGGUUUCACCUGUUGAGUUUGGUGAUUUGCCUGCACUGCAAGAUGCUGUUACUGUUGUGGGCUAUCCAAUCGGAGGUGACACUAUCUCUGUAACCAGCGGUGUUGUCUCACGCAUUGAGAUCCUCUCUUAUGUUCAUGGUUCAACUGAACUCCUGGGACUGCAGAUAGAUGCUGCAAUAAAUUCAGGAAAUUCCGGCGGACCUGCUUUCGGUGAUAAGGGAAAAUGCGUGGGGAUUGCAUUUCAGUCUCUUAGGCAUGGAGAUGCAGAGAACAUAGGAUAUGUGAUACCUACUCCGGUUAUCUUACAUUUCAUCCGAGAUUAUGAAAAGAAUGGAGAAUACACAGGAUUUCCAGUUCUUGGAGUUGAGUGGCAGAAGAUGGAAAAUCCUGAUUUGCGAAUGUCAAUGGGCAUGGGACCGCAGCAAAAAGGUGUGCGUAUCAGAAGAAUUGAACCCACAGCUCCCGAAUCUCAAGUUCUGAAGCCAUCUGAUGUCAUUCUUAGCUUUGAUGGGAUUAAUAUUGCCAAUGAUGGAACAGUUUCAUUCAGGCAUGGGGAGCGCAUUGGUUUCACUUACCUUGUCUCUCAAAAAUACACUGGAGAUAUAGCUACAGUCAAGGUUCUCCGGGAUUCGAAGAUACUUGAAUUUGACAUAAACCUUGCAACUCAUAAGCGCCUUGUCCCCGCCCACAUCAAUGGCAGACUUCCUUCCUAUUAUAUUGUCGCUGGAUUUGUUUUUGCUGCCGUUUCCGUCCCCUAUCUUCGUUCUGAGGAGUCUCUCUCUUUCGAGGGUGGAAAGGAUUCUGAAAUUGACGCCCCCAUCAGUAUUCUGGACAAGCUUUUUCACGCGAUGGCAGAGUCUGCUGAUGAACAGCUAAUUGUUGUUUCUCAGGUUCUGGUGGCUGACAUCAAUAUUGGAUACGAGGACAUUGUUAACACUCAGGUUCUUGCCUUCAAUGGUAAGCCUGUGAAGAAUCUGAAGAGCUUGGUCUUCAUGGUCGAGAGUUGUGAUGAUGAAUACAUGAAGUUUGAUCUGGAAUAUCAGCAGAUAGUAGUGUUGAAGACGAGCACCGCCAAGGCAGCAACUCCAGAUAUUUUGAAAACACACGGCAUACCAUCUGCAAUGUCUGAUGACCUGAGAACUUGAAAGGUUUGGGUGAAGACUGAAGAAGAAGGUGUCAGAAGUUAGAACUGAUGAUAUAAGCAAAAGCCUAAAAGCAUAGCUGGGGCGUGUAAAUGGGCUAAAGGCUUUAUGUCCAUCCUUCUCAUUUAUGCCCCUCACACGGGGAUAUAUUUUUUAACACCCGGAUGGGUCAUUCACAAUCAUUCUUAUUGGAGACACAUAUAUGAA